AUGAGCGUCGACACAGAGAAGCACACCACCGCGCAGGAGAUCGAGGCGCAGCCCAGCUCGACGGGCGGUCCCGUCUACGAUGUCAACGAAAAGGUCGACUAUGACCGUGCCGGUGCCAUCGAAGCCGAGGAGGCCGAGCACCGACUGACGGUGCUGGAGGCUGUCAAGGCGUAUCCGGCAGCCAGUUGGUGGGCCUUUGUCAUGUCCUGCACGAUUAUCAUGGAAUCCUACUGUGUCUUCUUGAUGGGACAGUUUGUCGCCACUGACGCAUUCGCCAGGGCAUUUGGCGUGAAGAGUACGGUGACUGGCAAGUGGAUCAUCGAGGCGUCCUGGCAAUCUGCCUUCCAGUGCAGUGGACCCCUCGGUGCCUUGAUCGGUGUCUUCGUCGCAGGUCCCAUCACAAGUUGGAUCGGUUACCGCUGGGCUACCAUUGGAGGGUUGAUGGCCUUGAACGGCUUCAUUUUAAUCUUCUUCUUUGGCAACAGCAACGGCAUGUUCUUCGCUUCCCAGAUUUUGGAGGGUAUUCCAUGGGGUAUCUUCAUCGCCAAUGCACCCGCCUACUGUGCUGAGAUUGUCCCGAUGAGACUGCGAGCUCCGGCCACACAGAUGUUGCAAAUGUUCUGGGCUAUCGGCUCCAUUAUUGUGGGUGGUAUCACCUACCACUACCAGUCCAAGGAGGAUUCUUCAGCCUACAGAGUCCCCAUCGCCCUGCAGUGGAUGUUUCCUACCCCUCUCGCCAUCUUGAUGUUCCUUGCCCCCGAAUCCCCAUGGUGGCUGGUGCGCAAGGGCCGCCUAGCGGAGGCCGAAAAGGCCGUCAAGCGUCUGGGCCGUGCGGGCGCCAAUGAUAACCCGUCGGACAAGGUGGCCAUGAUGCGUCGUACCAUUGAGCUCGAGAAGAGUGAGAAGAAGCCUAGUCUGGUAGAGCUCUGGAAAGGCACCGACCUGUACCGGACUUUGAUUGUCUGCGGUGUUUAUGCUUCUCAGAACUUGACUGGUAACCUGAUCGCCAACCAGGCUGUUUUCUUCUUCAAGCAGGCCGGUAUGGCGGACAACACCGCUUUCGCAUUGGGUCUCAUCACUUCGGCUCUGCAGUGGAUCAUGGUCAUGCUCUCCUGGGUCCUCACCACCUACCUCGGCCGUCGCACCAUCUAUGUAUACGGUCAAUUCAUCAACUGUGCGUUCCUGGUUGCCCUCGGUAUUGCCGCUUCCGUUGGGAGGAGCAACGCCGCCAGCAAUGCUCAGGCCUCUUUGGGUCUCAUUGUCUCAGUCCUGUUCUGUCUGGGACCAGCCCCGGCCUCAUGGGUCAUUAUCGGCGAGACCCCGUCCGUUCGUCUUCGUCCUCUGACUACCGGUAUCGGCCGUGGCGCCUACUACCUGGUCAACAUUCCUUGCAUUUUCCUGUCCAGCUACAUGCUGAACUCCGAUAAGUGGAAUCUCGGCGGCAAGAGCGGUUACAUCUGGGCGGGUACUGCCUUGUUCUGCUCCGUGAUGUCGUGGGUCUUCAUCCCUGAGAUGAAGCACCGCUCGUUCCGUGAGAUUGACAUUCUCUUCAACCGUCACGUUCCCGCUCGCAAGUGGAAGCAGACCGUGGUCGACAUUGGCGAUGAUGAGUAG